AUGCUCGAGCCAAAAAUCGGCGGCGGCGGUAUCUACCCGGGGCGGGCUGCUUUGUCCCCCGUGGCAGCUGUCUCUCCUGGUGUCCCUCGUUCCCCCGAUCGAUCUGUCCAAGCACGACUCAUCCAGCCACCAGACAUUCCGAAAUGGCGUGAUGCUGACUCUUUGCAGGUUCUCGCCGUCGACCUCGUCAACCGACCCGCCUCUGUCCAGGCCCGUACCCACAAGCUCAAGAAGAUCGUCCCUGAGCCCAACUCUUUCUUCAUGGACGUCAAGUGCCCCGGAUGCUUCGCCAUCACUACCGUCUUCUCCCACGCUUCUACCGUCGUCCAGUGCCAAGGUUGCGCUACCGCUCUUUGCCAGCCGACCGGUGGUAAGGCCAAGUUGACCGAGGGUUGCUCUUUCCGAAGGAAGAACUAA